ACUGCCGUCACAGUGCUGUGGAUCAAAUACAACAAUGUAAAUACAGAAAACAACCAGUUACAGACCAGUUACAACAUCCUUACCAUAGAGAGAAACCAGUUACUGCAGGAGAAAACUGGACUGCUAAGUCUGCUUUCUAGACUUGGAUGGAGAUAUUUCAGCUCUGGUGUUUAUUAUAUUUCUAAUGAAAUGAAAAGCUGGAAUGAGAGCAGACAGGACUGCAAAAACAAAGGAGCAGACCUGGUGAUCAUAAACAGUGCAGAAGAACAGGACUUCAUCGGUAGAUAUUUUGGCAGUACUAAAGCUUGGAUUGGUCUGACUGAGACUGAGGGGGGAUAUAAAUGGAUUCCCGUGGAUUAUAUAUAAUGAUAAUUUAAGCAGAGUGGACUGUGUUCUAAUGGGCGCUUAUAAUGGAGCUCUUCAAUUUGGCACGCCGGCCUGGGGGGAAUAUUCCUGUGAGCAUGGCGUAUUUGCGAUUUGUGAAAUGGCAUUAUUUUAAUUUGAGUUUUAGUGUGUUGUUUACAAAGCAAAUAAUAACACUGCAUUUCCACUCUCAUUAUUCAAAGAAUUUGUUGUAUUACACUGUUUGCAGAUUUGUCAGAAAAUCUAAAGUACAAAAAUCUUUCCAAAUCAUUGAAUUAGUUUACAGUCUCGAAAAAAAAUGAAUAUUUG